GUUAGCCAUGUUGUUUCUUUAAAAAAUCCUAAACAGAAAUACACACAUAUACACACACAAUAGGCAAACUUUCUCUCUCUACCCCUCCUAAACACCGCGUGCACUCUGCAAAAAUCUCUCUUUCUCUCUCUUUCCCAUUACAAGUAACUCCAAAAAAACAAGGCUUUAUAGCUUAAGUUAAGUGACAAUCGCAAACAAAGAACCUCAAUUUCACAAGGCCAAAAAAGAUAAAAACAUAAAACAAAAAACACUUAAGCAGAGGGCAACUUUUUUCAGAAAGCCAAAGGAGCAAAAAGAAAUAAAGAAAAAAAAAAACUCAUUCAUCAAACUGUAACACACACAGACACACACUACCACAAACUUCAAAAACCACGAAAGCAACAACUCAUCUCUCUUAGGAUUUUUUUUCUUUUCUUUCCUGUAAAAAGGCUGAACUAGUAAGCACAAAACUCGGGAGGCCCCUGCGUAGGUUUACUCAAAAAGAGAAAACCAAACAGAAAAAAAAAAAAACCAAUAAUAAAAAUAAAUUUAAAAAAAAAACAGAGAGUAAUACAAAAAAGUUUUUGCUUAUGCGUGUGGUGAAACAAGAAAGAGAGAGUUAGUGAGUAGAUACAUCACAAUAUCAUAUUCAUAUAUAUCAUAAAUUUUCCAAGUUUUUUAUUUUUUAUUUUUCGCAGAAGGCAAGAAUUUAGAGAGAGAGAGAGAGAAAACAAUGGAGGGCGGUGGUGGCUCAGCCGGCAAUUCUUGUCUGAUGGCUUUCGGAGAGAGCCACAAUAAUAACAAUAAUGGGUUUUUUCCCACGAUUAUGAUUCCUCAGAUGGCUCCUUCUUCUCAGCCGCCGGACGGUGGAAACACCUUGUUUCUCCCAUUACCGGCCAACCAAGACCUUAACCGCGACGGCGGAUCCGCGGCCGGCGGCGGCGGCGGCAUGAUGCUUGAAGAUCACCAAAAUCAUGGUAAUAACAACACGAGCACUGGGUAUUAUUUUAUGGAGAACACAAAUGAGGCGGGAAACUGUGCCGCCAAGGCCAAGAUCAUGGCUCAUCCUCACUACCAUCGUCUCUUGUCUGCUUACGCUAAUUGUCAGAAGAUAGGUGCGCCGCCGGAGGUGGUGGCGAAGCUGGAGGAGGCGUGCGCGUCGGCGGCGGCGAUGGGCGGCCGCCACGGGACAAGCAGCGUUGGGGAAGACCCGUCGCUCGACCAGUUCAUGGAAGCCUACUGUGAGAUGCUGAUAAAGUACGAGCAAGAACUCUCUAAGCCCUUUAAGGAAGCCAUGGUUUUUCUCUCGAGGAUUGAAAGCCAGUUGAAGGCCCUUACACUCUCACCCUCUUCUGGUUCUGUUUGUGCAGAAGCAAUGGAAAAAAACGGCUCAUCUGAGGAAGAACUUGACGUGAACAACAAUUUCAUCGACCCUCAAGCCGAAGACCGUGAGCUCAAAGGUCAGCUUUUACGAAAAUAUAGUGGAUACUUAGGAAGUCUCAAACAGGAGUUUAUGAAGAAAAGGAAGAAAGGGAAGCUUCCAAAGGAGGCUCGGCAGCAAUUGCUCGACUGGUGGAGCCGGCAUUACAAGUGGCCAUACCCCUCUGAGUCCCAGAAGCUGGCACUGGCCGAGUCAACCGGGCUUGACCAGAAGCAAAUAAACAAUUGGUUCAUUAACCAGAGAAAAAGGCAUUGGAAGCCUUCGGAGGACAUGCAAUUUGUUGUAAUGGAUGCCGCGCAUCAGCAUUAUUACAUGGACAAU